UCACGAUACCAUACGGAUACUAAGUCUAUUCCGUGAUGCUGUACCUAUCAGAUACAAUGUUACAAUAUUUGUCUCACUUAAGCUAGUUGUCAUGUUAAAUAACAAACCGAUUUCAGUUAUCAGAUAUUAUCAACCAAGUUUUAACUUCAAUACAAAGAUGAACAUGUAACGUCAGAGCAGAUAGGAGAAAUAUCAAAGUGAUAUUGUAGGAUACAUCGCUUAUAUUCGACUCAGCAUUAGCUUCAGCAGUCAGCCCUUAGAGAGAACCGGUGCCUGACAUGUUUACAGCCACAUCAUUUGUUCCUCUGUGAGAAUACACGACAUCGGAAACGAAAGAGAUUCAGGCGGGGCUACUAAUUGAAGUACCGUUACAUAUACCAUUCUGUUACAUCUAGGCUGUGCCAUGCCAGGGUUUCUUUGUAACCUGUUUCCCUGUGUACUUAGACAAUUGCAUCACCGAAGCGUGGAACACGAUCGGAAUGAAGCUUUGUUGACGUGUUAGAAUGGCUUCGUGUAAAGCGUUAGAUUGUACAGAAAAUUGACAAGGAUCCAGCCUCUUAUCUCCAGUGCUAUUUUUAAAGUACAACUAGACUGGUGAUUCAAUGUGUGCAAACGUGUGUAAUCUAUAUAUUUUACAAUUCGUGAUAAAUCGUUGCAAAUAGUAUUGCUUCAAGGAUUAGUCGAGGAAAUAUGUAUCAGCUAUGUGGUCAAAUGUGAGUUGGUGGAACCUGAUAACGUUAUAUGUUUACAAUGUGCCUGACGCUGUAUACGAUUGAGAUUCACACACAUGUGGAGGUAAACGAAACCAGUGAUCGGUACGCUUUAUACUUCUGGAAUAUCUCUCCAAAGAUACAUGACGAGUGAUGAGUGUUAGCUGUCCACUGCUUAUCCUCGUCACACUAUAUGCAGUUUCAGACGCUGUUGUCUUCGGUGGAUGGGGAGAGUGGGGUGAGUGGUCAGAUUGCUCCGUUACAUGUGGAUACGGGACUAUUGAAAGGAGUAAGGUCUGGUUGAAAGAGGACGGAACUGUCUUCAACUUUACGUACAUUUCCUAUGAUGAGUGCUGGACUAAGAAACCGUGCCCAAACGGCGUCUGGAGUGGAUGGACAGCUUGGAGUCCUUGUACCGUCAUGUGUGGUAACGGAACCCGAACGAGAACGAGGCUAUGCAAUUCCCCGGAGCCUAUGAACUUCGGAAAACCCUGCGACGGAGAACCACUGGAAGUGCUAGGCUGCAAUGAGCAGGAAUGCCCAGAUUUGCCAUUGAACUUUAACAUGGACGUAUGCAACGACACGACUUUUGUCUGUCUCAACAACCUUCAGUGUGUUGCGAAGUUCCUACAUUGUGACGGAGAACUACACUGUCACGACGGGAGUGACGAAAAGGACUGCUACCGAUACCUCAGUAUGAACAGUAACGAUUGCGUUUACAUAUCAAGUCAGUCACUGGCGUUAACAGUAUUGGGACUCAUUUUCACAAGAACUCUACGAUAUUCCUGACAGCGGUUGUAAUGGUGUAUGAAAGAAAAAUGCUGUCCAAUAACCAAAUGUGAUAUUUACAGCGAAAGUACGUGACGGAUACUACUUUAGAUGAGUGACGUCACUACUUUUUGACUGUUCCUGUGGAUAUAAGAAUCCUAAGUGAUAUGUUGUGAUAGAUAUUGUGUGCAUGAAACUCGAAUUUCACUGAAUCCAAGUGAACAUCAUCUGCGAGAGUGAAUGUUUCCGUUGUUUUCAAAUCAGACAAGGUAAUUUUAAUGUUAUUCAACUACAGUUGAAUGGAAUAUUGUAAACUAAACCUUCGUUUACCUUAGCAAAGAGAAUCUUCAUUGAAGCAAUGUGGUCAACAGUGAAAAUAUCAACAAAACAUUUCACAUGUAUACAUUGAGACCGCAUUAUCAACGAAAAUAGAUAUUUUGUGCAGAGGAGGUCUUCGUAUCGAAAGACAACUUUUUUGACACAUCAAUAUAGUAUUUGCAGUGAAUUUGCAAUCAGUAUAGGAUAGUAUGGCGUAAAUUUCAUUGAUGCAAUCCAUAUCUCAUUUUAGCAGUAUAUGUAUAUUUGUAUGUCUGACAUCUGCUGACGAGGAAAAAAAGAGACACACAAAUAAAGACUUGACCAGUAAUAUCGAGUUCCUUUGAACAAACCAUAGACUUUCUUAUUUCGAGUGAAUUUUAAAACUAAGUUUUUAUUUGAUGGUAUCGAUAUUAUAUUAUUUGAAACCCAGUUUUACGAAACAUAUUUCUUUAUAGUUACGGUUUAAACUUUUACAAAAAAUAUGGCGAAAGCUUGAAUUCAUAUCGUAUAUAUUUAUUCAAGUGCAAAUGAAAUACAAAAUAUGCACGAAUCAUGAUUGUAGAAAUUAAUUCUUCUUCUGAUCUUUUUUUGUGGUGAUGAUAUUGACAUAAUUAGCAUGAUGACAAAGACACAUCUUUCCAACAAAAUAGCUUGUACAACCGAUAAUUGUAACAUUUGAAAUGUUUGUUCAUUUUUAAUUUAUGAUAACGCACUUAUAUACGGUUAUGUCGUGUUAUACGACAGUGUUGUUAUGAAAUCAACAUAUCAAGCAUAGGAAUAUUAAUCUCAUAUAUAUUCAUGUUAUACUUGUGUUAUACAAUAGGAAUAUAUACACAUUUUUGAGAAUAGUAAAGAUUAACUGACAUCAAAUCACUGAUUUGAUCGCACAAAGGUUGUGCUAUUCAAUUAUUUAACUUUUCACGGUUUUAUUUAACGUUUGACCAAAAAAGGAUGUACUGUACUUUUCAUGGAUGUCAUGAAACGGACUAUCGGCUUAAGGUUUUCAUAAAUACAUAUUUCCACACAUGGAAAAAUGUUAUUAAGUAAUAUCAGGUUCUUUGGAUAUAGGUUGUAUGAUUUAUUUAUUUCAUUUAUUUUGUCUCUGAAGUGUGGAUUCCAACCUCAUUUCUGGAAUCUGUUCUAUCCUUGAAGCAUAUCCUGUAAUCAAAACAUUAUUUCCCCCUUUGGAUUAUACAAAUACAAUCAAUGAAUAUCACCAAUUAUCGAUACGCUAUGACUUUCGCUGUCCUUCUUUCACCCCUUUCAAUGCUUCUGAAAGAAGAAACGGAACUAAAGACGAAUAAUGCUUACAUUUAUAUUUACUCUCGUUCCCAAUCUUAACACGUUUUCACAAUCAAUCUGAAGUGAUAUCCUCGAACAUAUUCUUCAGUAUUGUAACGUUUAUUGAAUAGAUGCCUUUGCAUCACAACCAGUUACAAAGCUUAGCCGAACCGACUUGUAUGGAAUAGCACCUUAUGUAUACGUUUUCACUAUAAUCUUAUUAUCGUCUUCUCUUUACACUAAAUUUCACCUUAGUGGACGUAAGAUCAGACUGAAUCCUUAUCUCGUAUAUUGUUUACCUAAGUAUACUUAGCGUCAGUCACAUUUGUGAUAAAAAGGACGGUAUAGUCAUCACAACGUCAUACAUAAUCUUCUUGUGCGAUACAUUGUAGGAACAUAUAUUCAAUAAUCCAAUCCAUAAAGUGAAAAUGUGUUUUCUUUAAAAAUGGAAUACAGUUUGGUGUUCUCUUAUAGGUAAAAUCGACAGGUGUUCUGUUGCAGUGUUAGUUUCUGAUUGUUGUGGUUAGAUUUUUCGUUAAAAUAGAAAAUGAUAAUUACAUCUACGAUUAUAUACAUUUGAAUAUAUUGUACAAGUAAAAUAUUUUGUUACGCUACCGCCCAUGUAAGCAGUAAAAAUAAAUGUCGAUUUCAACAAUCGAUAUUAAAUAUUACAUAUUCGAUACAAUUACGACAAUGUUACAAUGUUAGAUAUUUCAUCGUGAUAUUUAGAAAAAGAAAAUUAAAAGAAAGGAACACAAUAUGCUUAUUAUAUAAGUUAAAUCAUGCUCUUUCAUAAUAUAUUACAUGCGCUAUAAUCUACUAUCUCGAUAUAUGUUACAAUUAAAUUAAUCAAACACCUUGGAUACUAAUGAACACAUUUUGAUACCAACUACGAUAUCAAUCACAUGUAUAACUGUUGUUGUGUUUCAUCACGUGAAAAAAACCCUGUUAAGUUACAUCCUUAAUCUAGAUAUGAAUUAUUAUUUAUCAAUAUCAUACCAAAUAAAUAAAAUAAUUUCUUUCACUCAUUUAAUUUAUAAUUUAUUUUACAAACUGAGUAUUUUGGCUUAUGAUUAUUCAGUAUGAGGAUUGGCCGAAACGAAUGAUAGGAAACGGUUUGGCAGGAUUAAAACAAGAAUUUAAUCAUGCAUUUUCUGGAAAAGCGUGUAUAUUUAGCAGAACCUUACAAUCACUUAUACAAAAAUGUUCAACCACAGGUUGAAACAUAAUCUUUCCGAGACAUAAGUUAUAUGGUGUGUCAAUUUCGUAGCAUUUGUCUAUUUUUAUGCUACUUGAGAAGUUACAAUUUUAACUGACAGUCAGUUGUCAAUUUCUAUAGGAAAGAUGGAAAUAUUGAAUAGCUGAAUUCUAAAAUUAGCCUUACAUGCUUGUGGAUGUGCCAUUGUAUGAUUUAUGUGUAGGAUCCAACGGUCCGUUUAAUACAACAUAUUACCAUUAUAACGACAGCAAUAUCGAAAGUAAAAUGUCACAUACACAAAAUGUACUUAAGUUGUAUCAUGGAUAUGUUAUUGUACAUGUACACUACAUUCCUUCAUGAUGAUACUAUAUAUGCAAUUUAUGAGAAAAAUGUAUCAAAAUCAAGAUAAAUUAAUAAAAAAUACCAUACAUU